UUUGUGAGGAAACAAUGAUACGUUCUAGGCCAGGAGGCGGGCUAUUUGCACGUUCAAGGUGUCCUUUUGAUGAUGAAGGGGCGGUGUGUGAAAGGCCUUUCUGUCCUUUCUUUCAUCCUUUCUCUGCUUCAAAGCAUUUGGUCAAAGUUAAAGAGGAAAUUCAAGAUGAUGACAUAAUUGUUGUACAUGAAAAGGUUAUUCCAAUACGAUCACCAUGGCCCUCAUCUUCAACGGAAUCUCAUGCUGUGAGCAAUGCAGUAGAAACUCAACCUGUGGUAUUUGAUACUUCAAUGCUUCACAAAGAAAGUCCUGUUAUAGAUCAAUAUUCCUGUGGCUAUCUCGGUUAUGUUGCACCUAAUUCUACUGAUUGUGAGACUAAUAAUCUUGCUUCACCAUCUGUUUAUGCCAGUUCAGCUACUGAACAUAUACAAGGAUCUGAAAAUCAAUGCACUUCUAACUUACUACCGAAAAUUCCUAAUCUCCCCAAUACAUUGUCCACUGGAAUUGAUUCUGCACAUAAGCCACAUGAUAAAAAUCGAAAGAAUAAACGAGUUAUUUCAGCUCCGUCAUAUACACCAACACCAAUUGUUCAGCUUGAACGUGAAGAGGAAGAGAGAAAAAAACGUAGAGAAUUAGCUGAACGUCAGAAAAAUAUCCGUGACCGACUUAAACAGCAAGAUCUUGUGAGAUCAAGCCAAAAGAAUGAUGAAAAGGAAAUUGCGGGCAAAAUUGAUGCUAGUGAUCCUAUUGAUCAAAUUUUAGCUACACAAGAAAAUUUUUUAAAAGAUCAGCGGGACCAGAAACUCGAGGACUUAGCUAAAAUGGAAAUUGAGAAGAAAAAACAUAAAGAAAGGCUAGAGAAACAGGAUGAGUUGAAAAAGAAAAAAAAGGGAAUUAAAUUAAAAAGUGGGGAUACAUGUUGCGGUCCAAUACUUGCUGGCGUUCCUCCAAAAAUUAAAGAAAAGGAAAAGAACCUUAGACAUCAAGAUCUCAAAGAAAAGGAUGAAAUCAAUGCUAAAUUAGAUGAGGAUGUUUGGCUUGGAAAAAAGAGAGCUGAAGAAGUUAUGGAGGAACAUGAAAAGAAAUUGGAAAAUUGGAAGGCAAAGACACAAACUUCGACUGAAAAAUCUACAAAAGAGAAUACUGUUAUAGAAAAUAUUUUAUCCACGAAAAGAAAACAACAUUCUGAUGCUGGUACUAGUAAUGGAUUUGGAAAUGCGAGUAAGAAGCUGGGGUUUUACAAAAUUAUGGAUGGUGAAAAAAGAAAAUCCAAAUCUAAAGAGAAAUGCGAUUUUGGAAUAAAUGAAAAUCUAAAAAUUAUUUCUGAUAUUGAUAAAUCAAUCGGCGCUUUGGAAGAGGAACUCCGUCAAUCAGGCAGUAAAACAUCACAACCAUCUUCCUCAUCUUUUUGCAAUAAUAAAUCCUUAAAUAUAAAGAAGAAUGAUGAAGGAAAAAAGAGGGUACCAAUUUGGAGGCAGAAGAGCAAUGCUCCAACUGAUAUUAGAUUGGAGAAUAAACUUAACAAUGCGAGAAAAUCAAGCGACGAAAUAAUUAAUUCAUUAUUUGAGGGAGAUGAUUUAACAGUUGAGGGAUCGACAACAAAGUCGAAUAAAUGUGAUAACAAGAAACUUAAACUUGAUUCAAUAAGCCUUGUGCAUAAGAGGCGAAGGACUUCGAGCAGUAGUGAAAGAAAUAAAAAGAAAUCAAAACAGGAAGAUGAGGAGGAUCAAGAAACUCGAAAAGAGAAACAAGCUUUGGUGGAUCUCCUUUCAGAUGAUGAUAUCAUUCCGCUUUCCUCUAGAAUAGAAGAUAAUGAUAAAGAGGUGGACAAAGAUAAAACAACAUCUAAAGAAAGAAACAAUAUAUCAAUCUCAUCAAAUAAAGCAAUUCCUUCAAAUCUGCUUACUCUGCCAAAACUUUUAACGCCGACUGUCUCUAUUGCUUCAUCUUCUUCUAUUUCUGUUGUUCCUGCUACUCCGUCUCCUGUAGCCUCACCAUCCCAUAAAUCUUCAUCUCCGGCUCAAGAUAUGGCCAAAUCAAAAGCGCUUGUUUCUAAAAAAGUUGCUCCAACUGCUCAAGAACAAUUACAUUCACGAACUUUAUUAUCUAUUAACCAAUCAUCUGAUCAUGGCCACAAGGUAUCUGCUGAAGUUCGAAAAAAUGUUUCAACAGAAAGCUCAUCUAAACCUAAUAAUUUUCAACGAAAAUUGCAAUCAUCUUCUAGUAACACCACUCAUUUUAAUAAUAGUUUCCAGAAUACUUGCCAAUCGUCAAUUCCAUUAACUGUUUCAUCGAAUCUCAACUCUAGUCUCCCAGCUUCAAAGCAGACUUUUCCAUCUACUUUAAAAAAAGGAGAGCAAAGGAAGGCACAUUUGCUCGUUCCUUUAGAUCCAAAUAAUCGAAAGGUUGCACUCCAACUUCGCCAGACAAAACUUAAAAUAAUUCAUGCAGAAUAUGUAAAAAUUUGUGUGAAUGAUCCAAAAAUGGCUAUUGAGAGUGCACAGCAUGAAGAAAAAGAAGUUCUUGAUCGUUGUUCUACUAAAAUUGGAUAUAUAUCCGCAAUACCAAAUGUUGUUAAACGAUUGCGAAACUUUGUUGCUAAUAAUGAGAAUGCACGAAAAGGCUCAGAUUCCAUCUCUCAUCAAAAUGUUUUAUUAGGUCGUCAUGCUGAUUCAGUUACAGUUGGAUUGCAAAAGGCAAAGCGUGUUGCUCAACAUAAAGCUUCGCAUCUCAGUGAAUCUGAUUUCUACAACGAAUUGGAAGUAUAUAUACUUUCUGAUGAUCAGCUUUGGGAGAAUGGCUAUCCAAGAUGGACUACAUUAACCCAAGAAAUCGAUGACGAUUUUGAUUCAUCUGAUGAAAGGCCUAGAAAUAUUGUUGAAAUCCGACAAUCUGAAUUGGAUUCAUCUAAGGGUCACAGCAAGUCGUUCAUAUCUGAUGAUGAUUUAAAACGUGUUUGCUCUCGCUGCGGAAUUGAAUAUCAAUUAAAGCCAAAUGGAGAUUAUGUUUCCUCUGAGGAAUGUAUCUAUCACUGGGGACGAGCUUGGAAGAAAAAGAGUGUUGUUGAGGCUCGAUAUACUUGCUGCCAAUCUACUUUAGAUGUUCGUGGAUGCGUUGUUGCUGGAAGGCAUAUAACACAAACUUUGAGACUUAGUACUUUGGAACAAUAUGUGAGUACACCAAAACCCUAUGGAGUAGGGGAUCCUAGAUCUACAAAAGUUUAUGCAAUGGAUUGUGAAAUGGUUUAUUCAAAUUGGGGACCAGAAGUCGCUCGGCAAGUUAAAUAGA